CAUUUUUAAACGAAAACUAAACUUCCGGGGAAAAAAACGUUGCUGAUUGCGCAUUGCAUCCGCGUAUUUCUUGCCUAUAUAUAAAAGCUCAUUAUGGCCAGAACAGAAGAUCAGAGGUUUUCAGUCAGUGAUAGCAUGACCAUAGGAUUUAUAGGAGCUGGCCGGAUGGCCCAGGCGAUGAGCAGGGGUUUUAUCUCCAAAGGUAUACUGAAGCCCCACAAAAUAAUAGCCAGUGACACGGUCCCCCAAAUGUUAGAUUGCAUCAAAGAACAGGGUAUAAGAACCACCAGAAGUAACCUAGAGAUUGUGGAGAACAGCGAUCUGGUCAUCAUAGCGGUCAAGCCUCACAUCGUGUCCCCAGUUCUACAGGAAGUGUCCUGCAAGGUCAGCCGGGAAAAACUCUUCCUCUCAAUAGCAGCAGGGGUCACACUAGAGACACUAGAAAAGAAUCUUCCAUCCCAAACCAGAGUUGUGAGGGCCAUGCCAAACACUCCUGCCCUUGUCCAGUGCGGGGCAACAGUUAUUGCUCCUGGGUCGUCUGUCCUGCCGGGGGAUAAAGAACUCAUCCAGGGCCUGUUUAGAACGAUCGGAAUCUGUGAGUUAGGAUCUGAGGAUCAGCUGGACGCAGUGACCGGUCUGAGUGGGAGUGGACCAGCUUAUGGUUUCUUGGCGAUAGAAUCUCUUGCAGAUGGAGGAGUCAAGAUGGGGCUCCCCCGAAACUUGGCACAAAAACUGGCGGCACAGACAUUACUUGGUGCAGCAAAAAUGGUGCUGGAGUCAGAUAAACACCCAGGUCAAUUAAAGGAUGAAGUUUGUUCCCCAGGGGGCACCACUAUAGCUGCCAUACACAGGCUGGAGGAGAAGGGCUUCCGAUCGUCUUUAAUAAGUGCUGUGGAAACUGCAACACAAAAAGCUAAAGAACUCGGGGUCCUUGAAAGUCAAAAACAGCAGACAGUUUUACUAAGAGAACAGUCUAGUGAACAAAGUAGCAGUAGUCAACAGGCCCGGGCAUCUCAGUAAUGGCCAGAUGUCCCACUAAUAACUGGACAUCUUGGUAGUGGAGCAAAGUAUCUCAGAUAAAAGUCAUUCCUGGCAGCGACCUGUAUUUAUGUAGAACAAUGGAGAAAACAUGUUGUUGUAAGACGAAACAAUUACUGCAGCUUGUAUUUAUGGGAAAUUGAAAAACAUAUUUAACAGUGAUCAGAUUUCUCAAAGAUUGCUAAAUGGCAUGUACUUAAUCAGUAUUAUACUGCCUACAGAAAUUACAAUUGCAUUUUCUGUCAGUUUACAAGUCUGGGCAUUAAAUUCUUUUCUUUACCUUAAUUUCAUAUUGAUUUUUUUUUAAAUCUAUGCUAUUGUCAGAUAUUGUAUUUGAUAGAAAAUUAGAUCUGAAUUGGACCCCUGAUGUAUACAGGCUGAAAAUUAUCAUGGUUCUUCAUCCCAUCCCAAACUAUGAAAUUAGUUCUCUAUGUAUGGGAUCCAUACCUCAAUUUUCCUUACUAAUUAUUUUAGUUUACCCAAUCUCUGAAUGUAAAUUUGUAUGACAUGAACAAACCCCAAUGCAAAAAAUGUGCAGGUGUCAUGGACAGCUUUAUUUUCAAGGGCAAUAACUCUGUUGGCAUUUAAUGUGACACCGUUACAUACAUGCUUACCCCCAAUUCAAAUGUGCGAUUUUUCUUAUUGAUAUAUAAUAUUUGCAAUUGUUUACAUUACUUUAAGAACAUGUAUUACAAUAUUCAGCUUUAAGGAAGUACAUACCUGCCACUUAAUCGGGGUACAAAGUAUUGAUUUUAUUAUUUGAUGUCCAAACCUACAUCUCUGAUUGUUAGUCUGUACGAGUUCAUGUGCUCAGCAGUUGUUAUAAUUAUUUAGUAUAAGUACAAUAGUUUAACUGUGUGUGAAAUUUAAUUUCCAGUAUGUGGUUGUGAAAGUUAUUGGUAUCAACUUUAAUGUUUCUGAUCUAUCAAAUAUGUUUCAUGUAUGCUGUAUGACUGAACCUUAAAGCAUUUAUUUUUAUAAAAAAAACAUUGUAAAACAAACUUCAUUUUAUAUGUGUGCCAGUGAUGCAAAUCACCGACAUCAUGUUCCCAGUUUCUUUGAUAUUAUAUACAUGUUAAUUUUAUACUACUGUAAUGAUUUGAAUUAAAGGGAAAGGCAACCCUAACCACAUUGUUGCCUUUAUGAAUAAAGUAUUACUUACUGAUAUCGUAAAUGACAGUCUUUAACAACAAAAAUCCCUGCUCAACAAUAAAAUCAAUAUUAAUCUAUCUUAUAUUUCAAAUUCUAAGAUAGCGGCCAUUGAAGUUUAAUUUAUUAUGUCACACCGUCGGUUCCGGUUUAUUUCAUCGGCAGCACUGUAAACAUGACAAGUCACGAACAGUUAAGUUUGGAGUCGUAUAGAUUUGAGCCCGUUCUUUUGCAAGAAGAAUUUAAGAACAGAAGACCUUCAGUCGAGUCGCAGACCAGACAGAUGGUAUUCGUUUCUUUAUACAUGUCUCAAACCUCAACUUGUCAUUACGCAAAUGGAUCCAGUUUACAUAGUAUUUUCUUUUCAAAUAACUUUUUUGGGUCAGGAAUUUUGGGGAAAAAACUUUUUUCAUAUCUCCCCUUUGCAUUAAUAGUGUAAUUAACUGCUUGACAAGAAGGCAUCCACCUAUUUACAAUGUAUUCUUAAAAUCUACCACAUGCACAUCUUUGAUGAUCUUAGAAUCUCAUCAAAACCGGAAUAGACGGUACGACGUCAAAAUUAUUGAUUUUUGUGGUCUUGAAUACAAAAGAGUUCCGCUUCACGGCAGCUUCUAUAGAUGGCGGGAAUUUCAAUUGUUAACGUUUUAAAAUUAGUACCGAGGCUUGUCUAGGCCGUGUAUCAACAGAAUAGUAUGACAAAUCGUUAUCAUAUAAUUAAUCCUAUCAUUUACAUGUAUCAUGUAAAAUAAAUUUGGGUGGCCUUUCCCUUUAAUGAUAAUUACAUUUAUUUCAUUAAUUUGGGAUUACACAUCUCUAAAAGCUUGUGUUUUUAAAGUAGCAGGCUGAUCGAAUUUCUAAUGUUUGAAGAUGAAUUCUAAUAAUGUUCAGUAACUUAUCGAUUCAUAUUGUUUGAAUAUUAACGUUUAUUAUGGGUAAUAAAUACUGAAAACAAA